UCUCUGCAAGUCUUUUCCGUUUUUCCGUCGAUCGGCCGUGAGAUGUCGACGAGACAGUCUUUUUUUUUCAAUUUUUCCGCACGACUCUUAAAGCGGGAGAAAAAAUUUAAAAAAAAAAAAACGAAGAAGAGGGCUCUAGAUGGGAGUCCACUACUUCUUCUCCGAUCCCAUCAGAAGAAGAUUUGGAAGCAUGAUUGGACUCCGUCAAAGGUCUAUAAAACCCACUCCCUCUAAUCAUCUGAUACCCGAAAUCCUUGAUCAACACCGGAGAAAGUCCGAGGGAGAUCGCUCGAUUUCGGUUGACAUCUCUCGGUUAAUUGCCAUUGAUUUCCUCGCCGGAGCAAGGAGAAUAAUUUUCUUGUCAAGAGGACACCAAGCAAGGUUCUGCACACUCACAUUCAUAGAUCACGGUGCAAGAAGGAUGGGAUUUUGCGAACAUUAUGAGUGGAGGUUUUUAGAAGAAAAAGGAACCGGAGGAACAUUACAAAUUAAACAAUCAAGAAAAGCCAUUGCCUUUCAAAUGUCCCAAAUGUGGCAACAAAUAUGUUUCAGGGAAAUGUCGGCGCGUCGGAGGUGUCAAUUCUACAGGAAGCAUGCGAAAUACUCCUCUCUCGCAUGGCUUGAUUUUUGCUGAAUAGAUUGUGUCUGUCGUUGUUUGAAAAAACAUGUAAAUGAUUUCUAUGGAUAA